AAAUCCAAAAAAACAAAAAUAAAAAAACGACCGCCCACAAGGCAUCCUAAAGCGGUUUGAUAUUGGGCUGCAAAACAUAAUCUAUGCAAAAUAUUGACCAAAGAACCACCAUUACAUGUUAUGUAGACCACAAGAGUAUUACAAAAAUAAUAUAAAUGUUGACUAUUUAUUAAGGAGUAGCACAAACCUCCCCGGUGAGAAAUGUGCCUGCUGUAGAACCUCUCUCUCUUCUUCCGGUGCAGCAGAGUCGGACAUUUGAGCAGCAGAGCCGAGGUGAGGAGGUAGCCUGUCACCGUGGACAGGACGUACACGGCGGCGUACAUCUUCCUGUAACAUAUAUACAAACUGUUAUAAAAUAACAACCGCCAUUUUUUUAAAUGUUCCUGACAUUUACACCGCGCGUUCACAUGCACCGUAUCUUACCUUGCUCAUACGUGUACGUAUUGCCCCCUUUUAGCGCUCCACCGGGCCUUGUAUUCAUAAGCGGCUGUAGUUGGUAAAUACAUAUCCAGGAAAGUUUACCGUGUGGUGUCGACGUAUUUGCCGCGUCAUUCUCAGAAAAUAAUUUAUGUGCGAUAACCUUCUUCUGGAAUAGACUGUCUCGCUUCUCUUCUUCGGCCUCCGUUACACAAAAACAUACCGUGCGUGGUUGACAAUCUACCGCUAGAGCGCACUGCUGCCCCCUAUCGAACCGGAUAAGCUAGUGACAGGUUGGCAAUGUACAUUUUUCCUAGUAUUUUCCACGUUUUGAGUAAAAAUACCCACAAAAUUGUGUUGUAUUUUUAUUGUAUUCAUGUCACUUAUUUCAAGAGACACAUAUACAAAUAAAAAUAGCUUUUUUUUUUAGAAAACUAAACCGUUUUAUUAUUUUAUCCCAGUGCCACCUCAGAAUACACAUGGCUUUCCAAUUAUCACCAUAUUAAAGUUAAAGUACCAAUGAUUGUCACACACACACACACACUAGGUUUGGUGAGAUUAUCCUCUGCAUUUGACCCAUCACCCUCACCCCCUGGGAGGUGAGGGAAGCAGUGAGCAGCGGUGGCUGUGCCCGGGAAUCAUGUUGGUGAUCUAACCUCCAAUUCCAACCCUUGAUGCUGAGUGCCAGCAUAUACUGUAUAUAUUUUUUUUGUUAAAAUAAAUAAGUGCCUGCUUGUCACCUUGACACAUGGUUUCAAAAAAAGUUAUCCAUCAAUUUGUGCAUAAAGAAACAAAUAAUCAAUUGCAUAGGCCAAGUGUGUGUGUGUGUGUGUGUGUGUGUUCUUGUAUUUGUACCCUUCUUGAGACACCAACAAGGUAAAGUACCUUCCAUAUGAGGAGCGGUGAACAAGUUAGGAUAUAAAUCAUGGUCCCAAUACGGAAAAAACCAUUGCAUCUAAUAGAGAAUGUCUAAUUUGCACCCCUGGUGGUGAAAUCUAUCAAAAUUAGGGUGUUCCCAAAAAGGAGGGAUUUUUCAAAUUGACUGUGUCCAUCCAUCCAUCCAUUUUCUACCGCUUGUCCUUUUUCUGGGGUCACGGGGGGUCGCUGAAGCCUAUCUCAGCUGCAUUCGGGCGGUAGGCGGGGUACACCCUGGACAAGUCGCCACCUCAUCGCAGAAAUUGACUGUGUGUCGGUUUUAAAAGUGUUCCCCCUCUGGUCAACAUAUGAAAUAACAAGUGUGUGUAAAAAAAUUGAAGCGCUCCCCCUCUGGCCAAUAUAUGUAAUAACAAGUGUGUGUAAGAAAUUGAAAUGUUAGAAUUUAUUUUUAAAAAUUAAAAAAAACUAUGUAUAUAGAGACAUACUGUAAUAACUUGAAGUAAAUAAUGAAGAUUAAAAAUCAAUUACAAACAACAAAUUCAAAAACUUAAAGCUUACGUUUUUUAUUUUUGCAUAGUGUGUAUAUAUUAUUAAUGCUGUAAAUACAAAUAUUUAUAUAUCUAGAAAGGGUGGUCCUAAAUAGGUAAGCAUUUUUCAAAGGUCUCAAGAAGGUAAGAAAUACAUUUGUGUGUGUGUGUUUGUGUCUGUGCGUGUGCGUAUGUGUGUGUGUGUAUAUAUAUAUAUAUAUAUAUAUAUAUAUAUAUAUAUAAUUUUUAUUUUUUGGGGAGGGUUUUUUUGUAUUUUUUUAAAAUAUUUUUUUUGUGGCCUCUUGCGGUCCCUACAAUGUCCUCUUUUUUUCUUCUUUUUUUUAUCCCUUCCUGCUCCAGUUUCGGUUGCGUCAAACGCCAAAUAUAUCCAAACAUUUACUAGAGUCCAAAACAAAUAAGGCAACAAGAUAAGUAUAGCACACUUUUCUUUUUUAAAGUAAAUCUGUGCAGCAUGUGUUCACAUCUACAACAGCAAUAUGAUUUUCCUGAGCAGCUGGACAGCACAGAUUUCUACUAGGGGUCUCCCAUGGGCCGUAGUUUGGGGACCCCUGGCGUAGGCAAUAAGGCAAUUCUACGUUAACAUUCAUAUUCUGUAACUUUACUGUUACCACAUAUUUUCUGAAAGCAGUCAUCACUGCGAUGUGGCCCUUGAUGAAAACGAGUUUAACACCUUUUAAAGUUUACUUUUAAGUUCUUAUUUCAUAAUACAAGGGAAAAUAAUAGAGAAUGUGUAACAAUGAGUUAUGCAGUGAUGAAGGAAAUACAAGAUUGAGGGGGGGGGACUAAUAAACUAGCAUGAGUUAAAAAAAAGUGACUUAUGUAUUCCUUAUCUGCAUGACAUUUUAAGUCGGUAUUAUCCACCUCUAAAAUGUGAUAAUGCACCGAGAUAAAGAAAGUGCUGCGAACAAAGUCUGGGUUUUCAACAUGUCUUCAAGUCAAAGUUCACUCUGCAAUAAACCAUCCAUGAUAAUGACAUACACAACACCCUUAGGAAUAAUACUUCAGCUCAUUAUGUGCGAGUCAUUUCAUGUGGACAAAUAUUCGGAUUAUUGACAAAAGCACCAAGGAGUCGCGGAAUGUCUCAAAGUUUAACAGACGUUCGGCAGCAAUGGCAAAGCCUGGAAGAAGAAUACCAGCGUGCUCAGGAGACGCACACAUUGUACCUUCAGAAACUGGAUGAAAUUACCAGACUGCAAAACAGCUGCUCUUGCUCCAUUUCCCAUCAGCGAAAAAGACUCAAGGAGAUGUCCUCCAUGGUGAACAAAUGCAGCGAAGGACUCUCAGAGGAAGAAGCAAGGAGCCUCGGUCAAAUAAAAGAGAAAAUUAAAAUUCGACCCAACGCUUUCUCUGAAAUGGAAGGCUUCCUCCCCAAGAAGAAUGGGCUGUACCUGAGCCUGGUUCUUGGCAAUGUGAAUGUCACUCUUCUCAGCAAACAGUCAAAAUUCGCCUACAAAGACGAAUAUGAGAAGUUCAAGCUGUACCUCACUGUCGUCCUGCUGCUGUUCUCUUUUGUAUGCUAUUUCUUUGUCAGCUACAGAUUCCUUGACGCAAUCCUUAACUUCCUGCUGGUGUGGUAUUAUUGCACAUUAACAAUCAGGGAAAGCGUCCUCAUCACCAAUGGCUCCAGAAUUAAAGGCUGGUGGGUUUUCCAUCAUUACAUCUCAGCUUUUCUGUCCGGUGUAAUGCUCACAUGGCCCGAUGGCUACCUGUACAAGGUAUUCCGGAACCAGUUCCUGGCGUACUCCCUUUAUCAGAGUUUUGUUCAGUGUCUGCAGUGUUAUUAUCAGAGUGGAUGUCUGUACAGACUCCGUGCGCUAGGGGAAAGACACAACAUGGAUCUGACCGUGGAGGGAUUUCAGUCCUGGAUGUGGAAAGGGCUGACGUUUCUUUUGCCUUUCCUGUUUUUCGGUCAUUUCUGGCAGCUCUUCAAUAGCCUCUCUCUCUUCAGAAUGGCUCAGCUCCCAGACUGCACAGAGUGGCAGGUUUUGGUGUGUGGCCUCUGCUUCUGCAUUCUGUUCCUGGGAAACUUCUUCACAACGCUCGCUGUGGUCCAUCAGAAGGUCAAGAGGAGGAAUCAAAAACCAAAGAGUCUUUGACACAUUCACAGUCCUAUUAAUUCAUCAAAAAUAAGGACCAUGUAUAUGUUUUUUUUAAAAAGUGCAUAAAUGGCUAUUAUUAUAUUAUGUGUUGGACAUGUCGCUCACUUGUACCUUUUUAUCUGAUACAAUAUCUUGGGUCAGGGGUGUCGAACUCGUUUUCAAUGAUGGUCUGUUUGUAACUUUGAAUAACUUAUGAAUAAAUAAAUGAUA